GCCGAGCCGGUUCUGGGUGCAGGAGCUCCGCUUCCUCCGAUCCGCGCUCGGCAGCCUCCGCACAGCUGGCCCGGGGAAUGGGGGGGGGGAGAAGGAGGAAUCCAGCGGUUUAAUCCCCUGGGGAAGGGGCUGCACUAGCCCACCUCUCUCUUUUUCCCCCCCCCUCUAUACUAAAAAUGCUUUUGUGUUUUUCUUGGCAGGAAAGAGAUGACCACCCUAACGCGCCAGGACCUCAACUUUGGACAAGUGGUCGCUGAUGUCCUUUCUGAAUUUUUAGAAGUAGCCAUUCACCUUAUCCUUUAUGUCCGAGAGGUUUACCCUACUGGGAUUUUUCAGAAGAGGAAAAAAUAUAAUGUGCCUGUUCAGAUGUCCUGCCAUCCCGAACUCAAUCAAUAUAUUCAGGAUACCCUCCACUGCAUCAAACCUCUGCUAGAGAAGAACGACGUGGAAAAAGUGGUAGUGGUGAUCCUCGAUAAAGAGCACCAUUCGGUAGAAAGAUUCGUCUUUGAGAUCAUGCAGCCGCCAUUGCUGGCCAUCAGCUCCGAUUCCCUCCUCACCCACGUGGAGCAGCUUCUGCGGGCUUUUAUUCUGAAGAUCAGCGUCUGCGAUGCUGUGCUGGACAACAAUCCUCCAGGCUGUACCUUCACCAUCCUGGUUCACACCCGUGAAGCUGCCACGCGCAACAUGGAGAAAAUUCAAGUGAUCAAGGACUUCCCCUGGAUAUUGGCCGACGAGCAGGACGUCCACAUGCACGACCCACGGCUGAUCCCCCUGAAGACCAUGACCUCGGACCUCUUGAAGAUGCAGCUGUAUGUCGAGGAGCGAGCGCAGAAAGGCACUUGAACCCGGCCCUUCCCAACCAUUUUGGAAGCUGCGACGCACGACCAAGCUGCACCCCGUCUCCAGCGACCGCAUCGGUGCUCGGAUGGUUGACACGUGUGUCCCGAGUCCCUUCCUGCCUACCCGGGUGAUUUAUGUUUUUAAAAGUGCUCUUAAAUCCC